AUGUCAUCGUUCGGUACAUUAUUCAAAGUCACAACAUAUGGAGAAUCACAUUGUAAAUCAGUAGGAUGUAUAGUUGAUGGAUGUCCACCAGGAUUAAAACUAACUGAAGAAGAUAUUCAACCACAAUUAACAAGAAGAAGACCAGGUCAAAGUAAAUUAUCAACACCAAGAAAUGAAUUAGAUGCAGUUGAAAUUCAAAGUGGGACUGAAAACGGUAUAACUUUAGGAAGUCCGAUUGGAAUGAUGGUAAAAAAUAAAGAUCAUAGACCUGGUGAUUAUUCUGAAACUGAUUUAUAUCCAAGACCAAGUCAUGCUGAUUAUACUUAUAUACAAAAAUAUGGAUUAAAAUCAGGUUCAGGAGGUGGUAGAUCUUCAGCAAGGGAAACUAUAGGAAGAGUUGCUGCUGGUGCAAUUGCUGAAAAAAUUUUAUCAAAAAUAAAUAAUGUUGAAAUUGUUGCAUUUGUUUCUUCAAUUGGAGAAAUUUCAAUGAAUCGUAAUCCACAAGAUUUUCAAUUUCAAAAUAUAUUAAAUACAAUAACAAGAGAAGAAGUAGAUUCAGUUGGUCCAAUAAGAUGUCCAGAUGCAUCAAUACGAGAAGAAAUGGUUAAAUUAAUUGAAAAAUAUAGAGAUUCAAAAGAUUCAAUUGGAGGAGUUGUAACUUGUGUUAUUAGAAAUUGUCCUAUUGGAUUAGGUGAACCAUGUUUUGAUAAAUUAGAAGCAAAAUUAGCUCAUGCAAUGAUGAGUUUACCAGCAACAAAAGGAUUUGAAUUUGGUUCUGGAUUUAUAGGUACAACUAUUCCUGGAUCAAAACAUAAUGAUUUAUUUAUUUAUGAUGAAGAAAAUAAAAGAUUAAAAACUAAAACUAAUAAUUCAGGAGGUAUUCAAGGUGGUAUAUCAAAUGGUGAAAAUAUUUAUUUUUCAGUUGCUUUUAAAUCUGCUGCUACAAUAAGUCAAGAACAAGAAACAGUUACUUAUGAUGGUAAAAAUGGUGUUUUAGCUGCAAGAGGUAGACAUGAUCCAAGUGUUACUCCAAGAGCUGUUCCAAUUGUUGAAACAAUGGCUGCUUUGGUUUUAGUUGAUCAAUAUUUAAUACAACAAGCAAGAAAAACUACUAGAAAUUUAUUAGAGUAA